CUUCAUACAGAUACAGACACAGCUCGGAUAUCGACUGCUUCCCAUUCGACGAGACGAAUACAUCCAUCCAUACCAGCAUACCUACCUUACCUCGAUCACGAACUUGAAUUAGAAUAAACACCAUGGCGGAGAUCGUCGACCUCGAACGGGUCAUUUCCAACAUCAGCGGCUUCGAUGUGGAGCGCGAACUCAAAAGAUCCCAAACAAUCAACCGACAGCAGACCGCACCGGUACAAGAGGAGGGAGAGGCGAGCGGCCUCGGAGGCGCCGAUUUAGAGAAGGGACUUAGUGGUCGCGACAGGAAGGAUUCCUCGGCUUCGGGCAGUACACUUCAUGAUGCUGCGAAUCAGCUCGAGCCGGCCGAGGAGAAUGACCCCAAUAUCGUCUUUUGGGACGGACCCGAUGAUCCGGAAAAUCCUAUGAACUGGCCACAAUGGCGGAAAAACGUCGCUGUCGGCAUCGUCAGCGGAAUCACCUUCAUCACUCCCUUGGCAUCGUCCAUGUUCGCGCCCGGUGUCAAGGACCUGAUGGCCGAAUUCCACUCGACCAACGUCGAGCUCGGUUCCUUCGUCGUCUCGAUUUUCCUUCUCGGUUUCGCUGUCGGCCCGCUCUUCCUUGCACCCGCUUCCGAACUUUACGGACGAUCGAUCAUCUACAACAUCUCCAACAUCUGCUUCGUUCUGUGCACGAUCGGCUGCGCGUUGGCGCCUAGCUUGAACUUCUUGAUCGGCUUCCGGUUCCUGGCUGGUACCUUCGGUGCUGCUCCGCUUACCCUCGGUGGUGGUACCAUCUCCGAUGUCAUCCCCGUCGAGAAGCGUGGUGUCGCCAUGGCCCUCUUCGCCAUGGGUCCUCUCAUGGGUCCCGUCGUCGGUCCCGUCGCCGGCGGUUUCUUGGCCGAUGCUAUGGGCUGGCGCUGGGUGUUCUGGCUGUUGACCAUCUGCUCCGGCGUCGUCACUGUCCUGACCCUCAUCUUCCUCCGCGAGACCUACGCACCAAAGAUCCUCGGCGACAGAGCCGCCCGUCUCCGCAAGGAAACCGGCAACCCCAAGCUCCGCUCCAAGCUCACGUCCACUCUCCCGCCCAGAGAGGUCUUCUCCCGCGCCCUCGCCCGCCCCUUCAAGAUGCUCUUCACCUCGCCCCUGAUCUUCACCAUGUCCCUGCACAUGGCCAUCGUCUACGGCUACCUGUACCUGCUCUUCACCACCUUCCCCACUGUCUUCCAGGGACAAUACGGCUUCAGCACCUCUACCGUCGGUCUCUCCUACCUCGGCAUCGGCAUCGGCUCGCUUCUCGGUCUGCUCGUCCUCGGCAUCGUCUCCGACCGCAUUCUCGCGCACUACACCAUCCGCUCCGGCGGCGUGAUGAAGCCCGAGUACCGACUUCCGCCCAUGUCCUACGGCGCGCCCCUGAUCCCCAUCGGCCUGUUCUGGUACGGCUGGACGGCGAAGUUUGAGGUGCACUGGAUCGUGCCGAUCAUGGGCACCGCGCUCGUCGGCAUAGGUCUUCUCGCCACCUUCAUGCCCAUCAACACCUACAUCGUCGACGGCUACCCCAAGUACGCCGCUUCCGCCCUCGCCGCUACCACCGUGCUGCGAUCCCUCUUUGGCGCACUCCUGCCCCUGGCUGGCCCGAGGAUGUAUGACGCCCUCGGACUCGGUUGGGGUAACUCCCUCCUUGGCUUCAUCGCACUGCUGUUCCUGCCCAUGCCGUUCGUCUUCCAGCGCUACGGUGAGCGCCUCAGGAACAAGUACUCGGUCGGGUUCGAGUAGUUUGCCUCCUUCCUACCUACCUCCUACCUAAAAGUGUGUUGAGUUUGUUGCAUCUAAGGCGUUUUAGCGGGGGAUAUUUCUUAUUUUCUUCUCUUUCUUUGGCCUCUUUUUUUAUAUAGAUACGGCGGGGCACCAGUCACGUUUUUGGGCCUCCGCUUUGGGAUAAUUGGGAUACUUGGGAUACUUGGAUGAUUUUAUUUUCGGCUGUACAUAUUGGUUGCGGGAUUGUAUUUUUUUUUUUUGGUACUCUGUUUGAUGGAUUAUUUUGAAGCAUUACUGUAUUAUGUGGGUUUUGGUUUUGGUUAGAUGAUGACGGACGGCGAAGAACGAGUAAUUCAAU